GCUCUUCAGACUAGGCUCAGUCGGAAUGCUGCUGUGGGGCUGAUUUUUCAGGUCCUAUGGUUGAUUUUUCGUCUUUCUCUUUAACGAUCAGUUCAUUCAAAGGGUUUGUGGCUUUUUCAAGAUCAUCUACUGAACACAGAACAUCUGAAAUCUACUAAAAAGGCUAGCAGUGGAAGGAAACUGGAUUGGCACUGACCCAGAUGUUUGAAUAAAAGAGUAGUCGGAAAGAAGAUGCACGGAGGAUUUUUUUCCCCCUGAAGGAGAACUAUAUAAUGGAAGCUGGAUUCAUGCAGAGAUCAAAGGAAACACUCAAGUGAUAAACUACUUUGUGGAGGAAAAGGUUGAAGCAGUGAUUUGAACAGUUAUUUGAGCUUCAUAGCUUCUUCAAACCGUUAAGAUUUUUUUUUUUUGCUAACACCAUUCUUGUUGUGAGUUGUUUUGCUUAGAGCAGCCACAGCUAACUGCUGCUUGAUGGAGGAGGAAUGAGGGCUCUUUAUUGCCUGUGCUAUUGAUGAAAAUACAGCUAUCUGCAUGUUUGUCAUUUGGGAAAUCUCGAUUAAACAGGCUAUUUUCUAAUACCAAGAAUCUUCUUAUUGUCCCUUGUGGUCUGACUCAUCGCAUGUAAAUGUAUUGCAGCUUUGCUGUUGAUGCAGAAGAGUGGGUUUAUUUUUUAAACAUAGAAAGAAUUGUCAACCUCUGAGCUCCAUGUUCUGAAUUUGUGCUGAGCACAGACGAAUUUUUUUCUGGAGUAUAUCAGCAUUAAGACCAGUGAAACUCAAGAAAUGAAGACUUGAUGAGGUGGAGAUAGAAUAGUGAGAUUUAAAAAUUUUGUUUUCAGCUCAAAGAAAGCCGGCUAUAUGUAACCAAAUUGACCUUGCCUGAAUUGGGGAUAGCUGGGAUCGCCUCUGUCACUGCAGUUGCUUCUCCUUUCAGUCAAUACAAAGUGGUGUCAUGUCAUCCCAAACAAUGACUUCUCUGUGCUAACAAAAUUCUACUGUGACGAGAAGUGAGAGGCAUAAUGUUUUAGAGGGUAAUUUUUCAAAUGAAUUUAGAUUAUACCUGAGAUUAGUUUACAAAGGUUUUGUUUUGAGUUUUACUAAUAAUUUAUAUAGUAAAGAAAGGGUGACUUUGAACAGAAUAAUAGGACUUGGGAAUUUUAGAGAUGUUUCAAAGCUGUGGGGGUCAAUUACCACUGGAAAAACUGAAGUUUAAAAUUAACUUUUAAAUGCCAGCUGUAGUACACAGAAUGUUCGCAAGUGUGUACAGAAGAGGAAGACAUACUCCUUGUACUAUACCAACUGUAACUUUUGUUGUAUAGUUUGAAAUUUACUGUUUUAAACGAAUGAGUCGGGUGUGUAUUGUUGUUUUGGAGGAGAUAGAAGAUGAAUCUCCACCAUUUGUUUCCAAAUUGCCUCAGGAAAAUAAAUUCCUUCCAUCUCCAGCUUCUGGAAAUGCAUUGCCAUCACUGGUUCAAGCUAUAUUUAAUGGAGAUCCUGAUGAAGUUCGGGCACUAAUAUUUAAGAAAGAAGAUGUUAACUUUCAGGUGAGACAGUUGGGGUUCAGUGACUUGCCCAGAGUCACACAGCUAGACAAUGAAAAGAGGACACCGUUACAUGCUGCUGCUUAUCUGGGAGAUGCAGAGAUUAUUGAACUACUUAUUUUAUCUGGAGCUAGAGUUAAUGCCAAAGACAGCAAAUGGUUGACUCCUUUACACAGAGCAGUUGCAUCUUGUAGUGAGGAAGCUGUCCAGGUAUUGUUGAAGCAUUCAGCAGAUGUUAAUGCUCGUGAUAAAAAUUGGCAAACUCCUUUACAUAUAGCUGCUGCAAACAAAGCUGUCCAGUGUGCUGAAGCUUUGGUUCCCCUCCUAAGCAAUGUAAAUGUGUCUGAUAGAGCUGGCAGAACAGCUUUGCAUCAUGCAGCGUUCAGCGGACAUGUGGAGAUGGUCAAUCUGCUGCUGUCUAGAGGUGCUAAUAUUAAUGCAUUUGAUAAGAAGGACAGACGUGCUAUUCAUUGGGCAGCAUAUAUGGGUCACAUUGAAGUUGUGAAAUUGCUUGUUGCUCAUGGAGCUGAAGUCACAUGUAAAGAUAAGAAAUCUUAUACACCUCUUCAUGCUGCUGCUUCUAGUGGAAUGAUCAGUGUCGUGAAGUAUCUUCUAGAUCUUGGUGUUGAUAUGAAUGAACCAAAUGCCUAUGGAAAUACACCUCUUCAUGUAGCCUGCUAUAAUGGACAAGAUGUGGUCGUGAAUGAACUCAUAGAUUGUGGUGCUCACGUGAAUCAAAUGAAUGAGAAAGGGUUUACUCCCUUACACUUUGCUGCAGCAUCAACACAUGGCGCCCUGUGUCUGGAGCUCCUAGUUGGGAAUGGGGCCGACGUGAACAUGAAGAGCAAAGAUGGGAAGACACCAUUGCACAUGACAGCAAUCCACGGCAGAUUCUCAAGAUCACAAACCAUUAUCCAGAGUGGAGCAGAAAUAGACUGCAAAGAUAAGAAUGGAAAUACUCCGUUGCACAUAGCAGCUCGAUAUGGCCAUGAGCUACUUAUCAACACUCUCAUUACAAGUGGUGCUGACACAGCAAAGCGGGGUAUACAUGGAAUGUUCCCCCUCCAUUUGGCAGCAUUAAGUGGUUUUUCAGAUUGCUGUAGGAAACUUCUUUCUUCAGGAUUUGACAUAGAUACUCCAGAUGAUUUUGGCAGGACUUGUCUUCAUGCUGCUGCAGCUGGAGGGAAUUUGGAGUGCCUAAAUCUUCUACUUAAUACUGGCUCAGACUUCAACAAAAAGGACAGAUUUGGGAGAAAUGGACAUGGAAGAACACCCCUCCACUAUGCUGCGGCCAAUUGUAAUUACCAGUGCCUGUUUGCUCUCGUGGGGUCAGGAGCCAGCGUGAAUGACCUGGAUGAGAGAGGCUGUACACCUCUGCACUAUGCAGCCACCUCAGAUACAGACGGCAAGUGCCUGGAAUACUUACUAAGAAAUGAUGCAAAUCCAGGAAUCCGUGACAAACAAGGAUAUAAUGCAGUUCAUUAUUCUGCUGCUUAUGGUCACCGUUUAUGUCUUGAACUGAUUGCCAGUGAAACUCCCUUAGAUGUUCUAAUGGAAACCUCGGGUACGGAUAUGUUAAAUGAUUCAGAUAACAGAGCACCAAUAAGCCCUUUGCACUUAGCUGCCUAUCAUGGUCACCAUCAAGCAUUAGAAGUGUUGGUACAAUCUUUGUUAGAUCUUGAUGUGCGGAAUAACAAUGGAAGAACACCCUUAGACCUUGCAGCCUUUAAAGGCCACGUGGAAUGUGUGGACGUGCUCAUUAAUCAGGGAGCUUCAAUCUUAGUCAAGGAUUAUGUGGUAAAGAGGACACCUAUCCAUGCUGCAGCAACAAAUGGUCAUUCAGAGUGUUUACGGUUAUUGAUAGGGAAUGCAGAGCCACAAAAUGCAGUGGACAUUCAAGAUGGAAAUGGACAGACUCCCCUGAUGCUGUCUGUUCUGAAUGGACACACAGACUGUGUUUAUUCACUACUGAAUAAAGGAGCAAAUGUAGAUGCCAAAGAUAAGUGGGGAAGAACAGCAUUACAUAGAGGGGCAGUUACAGGCCAUGAGGAAUGUGUAGAUGCAUUGCUUCAACAUGGUGCCAAGUGUUUACUGCGGGACAGUAGGGGUCGGACACCCAUACACUUGUCAGCAGCCUGUGGUCACAUUGGUGUUCUUGGAGCACUGUUACAGGCAGCAGCAUCUGCAGAUGCCAUUCCUGCCAUAGCAGACAAUCAUGGCUAUACAUCGCUUCAUUGGGCCUGCUACAAUGGACAUGAAACGUGUGUCGAACUUCUCUUGGAACAGGAGGUCUUCCAGAAAAUGGAAGGAAAUUCUUUCAGCCCAUUACAUUGUGCUGUGAUAAAUGAUAAUGAAAGUGCUGCUGAAAUGUUAAUUGAUACAUUGGGCACUGGCAUUGUAAAUUCAACAGAUACAAAAGGAAGAACCCCUCUUCAUGCAGCGGCCUUCACAGAUCAUGUAGAAUGUUUGCAGCUGCUCCUCAGCCAUAAUGCUCAAGUGAAUUCUGUAGAUUCUUCUGGAAAAACACCUCUGAUGAUGGCUGCAGAAAAUGGACAGACAAAUACUGUUGAGAUGCUGGUUAGCAGUGCUAAUGCAGACCUUACUCUACAGGAUAACAGUAAAAACACAGCACUCCAUUUGGCAUGCAGUAAGGGUCAUGAAACUAGUGCCUUGUUAAUUCUGGAGAAGAUAACAGAUAGAAACCUCAUUAAUGCAACCAAUGCAGCUUUGCAAACACCCUUACAUGUUGCUGCCAGAAAUGGACUCACAGUCGUAGUACAAGAACUUUUGGGGAAAGGAGCAAGUGUGCUUGCUGUAGAUGAAAAUGGAUAUACCCCAGCUUUGGCCUGUGCUCCCAAUAAGGAUGUGGCUGAUUGUCUAGCCCUCAUUCUGGCCACCAUGAUGCCUAUUUCAUCAAGUAGCACAAUACCGUCCCUAACGUUCAGUGCCAUUAAUCAUUACACUAACACCUCAAAGACCGUCACCUUUGACCCCUUGCCAAUCAUGCGCAGUGAGCAUAGCUCUUACUGCAGUUUCAACAACAUUGGCAGGGAAGAUGGUUACCCAUACACAGAAGAGGAUGAACUCAAUGAUUCUGAUUCGGAGACUUACUGAGCAGCUUCUGUGCUUGUGUGAAGACUGAGUCCAGUCCCAGGAAGAGCACUCACUCAGUGUUCAAAUACAAAACCGGCCUGAAGGAAAAGGGCUCAUGGUGGAUGGUCUGCAUUCUGACAUGUAGAGGAAGAUUUUUAAAGCCAAGUUUUGCAAAAGGAGCUACUAGAUAAAGCUCUGAAGUGGACUUGAAAUUCAGAGCUAAAAGUAACAUCAAACAACUUGGUUUAAUUUGGUUUUGAGGUACAAGGCAUAAUUUUGGGACACUGUACAUGCUAGUCUGUGUAGACAAGCAACACUAUUGUACAAGAAAAAAGGACACUACAUUUAAAAUCCUAUCAAUAAAACUAAUUAAAUCUGAAGGCAAUAAAAGUUUGGUACAGUAGGCAUUGUUGCACAGCAAAUUGCCAAAGGACCAAAUAACUUAAGGGUUUUUUAAUCUAAUAACUUUUUGUGGAAACUGGAAUAGGUUAAUUGAAAACUUCUCUAAACCAAACUUUAAUAUUUCUAAAACAAUGAAGUUCAAAUUUGGUUUUAAGUUUGAUUUAAAAAAAAAUAAGCAAAAAUCUGAAAGCCUUCUGACACUGUAUUUAAAUGUACAAUGAGAGAAAGCAGAUGUAUUUUUAAGUUUUGUUUUUUCUUUUAGAUAAAAAUUUUAAAGAAAAAUUGUCAUACUUUUAUAAUGUUAAAAUUGAAAACCAGCUAACUGAUGCAGUCAGGGUGAUACAUGUAUAGUGUAAAAAAAAUGGAGGGAGAGGGAGUCCAAGACAAUUAUUGUUGCACAGUUUUAGAUGGUUAAGUUUAAAAUUUAAAAUUGAGCUGUUGUUGUUUAAAAUAAGCUGAAAAGACUUCUACUAGGGGAGAGUGAAACUUAAUGCAAAUUUGAAGGUCAUUUCAUGACACCCUAUUGCAGCUGUCCGUCUGGUCCUGGGAAAUGAAUUUUUUUUCCAGCAACUCAUCCACUUUUUUAUAACAUGUACAUUGAUUAUUGAAAUUAUUUUUAUGCCUCCUCAUUGCAUUUGUUUUGCAUUAUUUAAAUCUUGGAGUAUGAUAAAAAAAAAUCAAAAAAGAAUAUCCCUAUUAUCCAAAGGUAUAAUGUCAGGUUCUUUGGAAGAAUUAUUUGUUGUACAACAUUUUUUUUUUAUAUGAACACAAACAUGUGGGUCCUGUUUGGAUGUGUGUUUUAUAACACACCACUGUUGAGGGGAAGAAGGAGGAAGGGGGUAGAGUCUGCCAGAAAUUUCCUGACAAAUGGAAAAGGGUUUCAUGACUUUUAAAAGAAAACUGAGGUUUGGGCUGUUAACGACUUUAUUCGGUUCUGCUUUAACCGUAACUCACUUUUCAAGUGAAAUUGCUCAGAGACAUGCAAGACCAUCUUGAAUGUCCAGAGAGAGUACAGUAAGUUGCAGCAAAUUUCAUUUUAUCCUUUUUUUAUUUUGAAACUGGAAACCUUAAUGAAAUUGUAAAUUAUCAGCUGGUUUUCUGAACAUAAAGUGUGAAAACACAGAACAGUAUUUUGAUCUAUUUGAUAAUUUUGUGGGGUUUUUGAAGAAUUAAUGAGCAUGUACAUAGAAAUAGUGACUGCUUGAAUACUGUAUUUACUUGCACUCUUUCGGCACAUCAAGAUUCAUGUAUAUUUUACGGAGUAUAAUAAAACCCAGAUGUGAGUUGUAUUUAAUGAACGAUG